CCAAACGAACCGGGAAGAAAUUGUCUGUCAAUUUAUGUGUGGCCACUGAAUUCGAGUGUUUAGAAAUUCACCAAAUGCCUUCUAUGUCCAUUUCCAUUUUUUGGUGGAGAGAAAGAUCCCGUUUAGCCGUUUUAAGGUGAAUGGGAAUGAAUUUAACGAAGCAAAGACGAGAACAAGACAAACCUAGUUUCUAUUUGCAUCAUCAGCACGUGUGUUGUGUGCAAUCAGCUGUGAAUGUUGUAGCUUAUUGUCAAUAUGUAGAGAGUGUGGGGAAAGAGGAAGAAUAGGUCCCAUUCCAUUCGUGAAUUUGUCCAGUGUCCGUUCGACUUUUGUCUCUGAAACAUUUCGACAAAUUCGUCUCUGACGAUAAAAUAUAUCGAUUAUCUGUUGGUGAUUUUCAUUUUAGUGCACAGUGUAAUAUGUCAUGCAACUCCAAAUCGCGUCCUGGAAUCCCAAAUGGAAAGACAAACAAAAUGUUUAAGUCGUUUCUCCUCUUGUGGCUAUUUCAUUUGGCAACUGUCUUGUCCUUAUCGGCAGGUUACUACAGACAAGAUAAUGGUCGAUUACCGUUGAUUGGAAAUAGCCCGAUGACGUCAGUAGGAACGCCGCUAACUGGCAACAUACCAGAAGCAGCACUCGUCGCCACUUCACUCGGCCCGUUGACCGCCAAUAGCCGCCCCGUUAGGAGGGUCCCUUAUGUUUCUGACACCUGCGGAGGCUCCGUGAAUAUCCCCCUGUCGUUUGAACGACUUUUGCCGUACAAAUCGACUCAUUUCCCGUCGAGACGCGAUUACCCGAUGCUCUGCGUUUGGAAUUUCACGGUGCAACACGACGACUGUCGUCGGGCUCGACUGACGAUGCGAGUGGACGGACGGAGUCGAUUGCCGGAUGUGGACGGAUGCAGCAAAGGAUAUUACACGGUUUCACCCAACAUGAGGGGCGCCAGAAUUUGCGGACAUGUUGGCGAUGUUCCGUCCUUCCAUUGGUACGUCGACGCCUACCAGCCGGAAAAUGAGGUCACCGUUGUCACGAUGAAGAAUUUGGGCAUCAAUGACGUAUUCUCUGAAGGACUUUCGUUUACCCUCCAAGGCGAAUGUGCAGAGGAAGAAUGGUCGUAUGCCCGAACGACGACUGUCAACAAGGAGAACGCCAGAUUGAAUCGGCGCUGGAUGAAUCGAGUCAUGGAAGACUACCUGGCCGGAGAAGGACCCAGAGUGACCGUCAACCGUGUCAAAUUGCCAGUAACGAGCACUACUACUCCAGCCCCAACCACCACCACCACCACCAUCCGACCCAAACUGGAUCAUCCAGUUGUCUCAUCCGAUAACAAUUACUCCGGUGGCAUCCAGUGGCUUCAUUUGAAAUCGCCCACCGAUCUUCAUUCGCCCAAAAUUCACCAGAAAUCAGCGAUUGCCAAAUUCCAGCCACCUCAAGUCGUGAACGAAACGAAUCAGCCAAUCGUUUCCAUCAGUAUCCAUCAUUGUAGUCGAUAUGUGCCAACAAGUUUUCGUUGUGUUUGUCAUCCAUUGCAUUCUUGUCGUGCCGUUCACUUCGGCAGGAAAAACACCUUUUUUGAGAAACAAGUCGAUUGAGACGGAAAGUCAAUCGUCCAUAACCGAAUUCGAUCCAGAGUACAUUGAGAUGAAUGACGAUCUACCACAAACUAUUCUGCGAUUGUCACAAAAUCUCAUCCAU